GCAAGAAUUUGCCUGUGACACGACACGUGAACCUCCUUCAACUUGGCGCACUAAUCCUAAAAUAAGGCAUGAAGUGUUAAAUGUUAGAAACACACAGAACUGCGCUCAGACAAGGAGAAAGAGGGGGAGAAAACAGAGGAGAGAGAGACGCACGAGCUGCUCUGGUGCGUCUGUGCAGAGACUGCAUAAAGAGAGAGAAAAAAAAUAACAAAAAAAACGUGCGCUGCGCAAUUAGGCUAGAAACCCUUGUGUUUUUUCUCUCCAUUUUUUGGAAGAUAAAAUAAAUAAAGAAAUCAAGCUGGCUCAGUGUAUGUCACAGCAGCCCGCUUUGACAGGUGCUGCUCAGCCCCUUUGGAGGACUGCUUUCAGCAGCAGCAGGAUGGCAUCAGAACUGGCAAUGAGCAACUCCGACCUGCCCACCAGUCCCCUGGCCAUGGAAUAUGUUAAUGACUUCGAUCUGAUGAAGUUUGAAGUGAAAAAGGAGCCGGUGGAGCCGGAUCGCAGCAUCAGCCAGUGCAGCCGCCUGAUCGCCGGGGGAUCCUUGUCUUCCACCCCGAUGAGCACGCCUUGCAGCUCGGUUCCCCCUUCCCCAAGCUUUUCGGCGCCCAGCCCGGGCUCCGGGAGCGAGCAGAAGGCUCACCUGGAGGAUUUCUACUGGAUGAGCGGCUACCAACAGCAGCUGAAUCCCGAAGCGCUGGGCUUCAGCCCCGAAGACGCGGUAGAGGCGCUGAUCAGCAGCAGCCACCAUCUCCAGUCCUUCGAUGGCUAUGCUAGAGGGCAGCAGUUCGCCAGUGUGGCCGGGGCAGGAGGCGGCAUGGCCGGGGAGGAGAUGGGCUCAGCAGCCGCUGUGGUAUCCGCUGUUAUCGCUGCAGCGGCCGCGCAGAACGGAGGUCCCCAUCACCAUCACCACCACCACCACCACGCCGGGGGACACCACCCCUCCACCGGCGUCCCGUCCAACGCCAGUUCGGCAGGCAGCCACCAGCACAUAGGACACCUGGACCUGGACGACCGGUUUUCGGACGACCAGCUGGUGACCAUGUCAGUACGGGAGCUGAACCGACAACUGCGCGGGGUCAGCAAGGAGGAGGUGAUCCGGCUGAAACAGAAGAGGAGGACCCUAAAGAACAGAGGCUAUGCCCAGUCCUGCCGCUACAAGCGGGUCCAGCAGAGACAUGUUCUGGAGGGCGAGAAGACGCAGCUGAUCCAGCAGGUGGACCACCUCAAGGCGGAGAUAUCGCGCCUGGCCAGGGAGCGGGACGCAUACAAGGACAAGUACGAGAAGCUUAUCACCAACGGCUGCAGGGAAAACGGACCCGACAACACCCCCUCGUCCCCAGAGUUUUUCAUGACGUCGAGAAAGUUCCUCCAUCUGUGAUAGUGACCCCUGAACCCUGCACAUGACCCUUGACCUGGAGUCUGAGUGAGCUAGUCCAGGCGAUAGGCUGGCCUCUGUUUUCUGUACCUCUGGUGAAGCUGUGUGUUGACAGUCUGUGUGUUCUGGUUUUGCUGGAAGCCAGGGCUAGCUGUAUGGGAGAGUGAGGUAAGUUGAGCCAAUGGGGGUAAGUUGAGCCACCCUUCUUUCUAGGAAACCAUACACAAAAUUAAUCAUUUGACUAAAUAUUUAGGAAGAGGUCUUCAUUUCAUGGAGUCUGUGAAGGAUGAAACACAUGAAAAAAAGUGGUAAGCAGGUUAGGUCCAAAAAAGUAGAUAAUUUAAAGAUGUUUCUAUACAUCAGUUGGGGUCUCUAUAAGCUUCCAUAUGAGGUCAUAAACCUGACAUGAAAGUGUAUCCUUGUAGCUGUCUGGGUUAUUAUAGUUACAUUUUUUGCCUUGGGGUAAGUUGAUCCAAUGGCCAUAGGGUUAGUUGAGUCAAUGGCAAGUAGAUCAAACUGAAGUGUUUUCUUCAAUGGCAAGGCAUUAUUGCUGGGAUUUGAGGUAACAACAGGGCCUAUGUUAAAAGUAUUUUUAAAAGUACAAAGGGUUUUUUAGGUGUGAAGCCUGUGUUAAAAUAUGCUUAAAAUGAUUAAAAGUCAAAAAAGUGAUUGUGAUUGUGUUGAAUUGUGUUUGGGAAAUAAAGAUAGACAUGGUUUUAAAAAGGUAGUGGUAAUAUUUCAUUCAGUAAAAACAUUUGUAGGCGGCUUAACUUACUCUGUCCCACAGCUCAACUGACCCCAUACCUUCCACUUUUUUUGGAAAAGCUAUGUUUUGAAAAUGUUUACAUAAAAUCGGAUUAUUUCCAGGGAUACACAACAUCCUGAAAUAUAUGUAGAUAUUUUUGGUCGAAAGAAUACUAUAUUUUACCUGAUGGAGUGAUGCUGAAUGUAAAAAAUGGCUCAACUCACCCCACUCUCCCCUACAGGCGCCAUACAGCUUAGCUAAAUUCAGGACAUCUUUCUUGUUGGGAUGUCUUUCACCCUCUAUAUAUUGUGAUUCAUUAAAACACAAAUCUCCUAAUAAAACUCUCAGAUCUCAAUUUGCAGACAUAUAUGAGGAUUUUCGAUAUGGACAGUGACUGUACAUUAGAUAUUCUUUGAGGAUUGUUACAGCAUGUUUUUGACAGGCUUUUGUCUCUGUGGCUUGUGUCUGUGACAGGAUACAGUUCUCUGUCUGGUGUCUUACAGUUCUGGCUGGAAAGUGACAUGCCCUCUCUCGCGCCCUAGUGCUCAUAGGAUAGGGUCACGACCUUUCACCUCUCAGCUGACCCUCGAACCUGCGUCUCAGUCUCCUGUCUCCAUGGAUCACAUUGACAGAUAGAUGGACGGGUGGGAGUAUGGGAAGAGUGAGGGACCGAGGGACAGACGGAGGGAUGGAGGGAGAGAGGCAGGGAUGGAGGGACAGACGGAGGGAUGGAGGGAGAGAGGCAGGGAUGGAGGAACCUCACUAUCGUGGCAGACAAGCAGGCAUUGAAGGAUGAAAUGUGGAAGAAGCAAUGGUGGGUAAGAGGGAGGACUAAGGGAAGGAAAUAAUUAGGGAUGAAGGGAUCUGGCAGUGGGUGCAGCCAGACAGACAGGCAGUCAAGCAGGCAGGCAGGCAGAUAGGGAGAGCGGAGGCAGAAAGUGACCUUACUGUUGUCCCAGUAGGAUCGAAGAGCUUAUUUAAAGGCCUGGUCAAUGUGCGGUAUCACCCUCACAUAGCACUGAGUCUGAGAUAGCACCCUCACAGCCUGACAACUUGUCACCACUGUAAUACAAUGUCCCCAUACACACCAACAGACACAGUGUGUGUGUCCACUUCGGUGAAAUAACUCUCUGAAAACCCCAUGAAAAUCUGGACAAAGACAGAUUCAACAUCAGUGUCACAGUUGCUCUGUGUAUGUUAAGUGUAUACUCUAAGGAACUGUGUGGCAGUGACAGGGUUGACGUAAUUCAGUGAAAUAUUACGAAGCAGUGAGUGUGGGUGUGUAUGUAUGUGUGUGCGUGCAUGUGCGUGUGUGUGUGUGUGGCUGUG